AUGCGGCUCCGAUUCUCUGCCCUCCUGGCGUUCCGGCCGCCCAAGGCCUCCGCCAGAAGCGUGUCGGUAGUGCUGGGGCUCUGGCUGCUGCUCUUCCACUGGUUCACCAGGAUCGACGUCUGGCUCCAUUCGCUGAUGUGCAGCUUCCCCGGCUCCGACACAGACUACCGCGUUCUUCUGGUGGCAGACCCGCAGCUGAUCGACAACCAUACGUACCCGGGCCGGCCCUGGCCGCUGCUGAAGCUGUCGCAAAUCACCGCGGACGACUAUAUGCGCCGGAACUACCGCUCUUUGCUCACUCAUCUCCGUCCUGACGCGGUUUUCUUUCUGGGAGACCUGAUGGACAACGGCCGCUCGAGCAGCGACGAGUACUAUGCGCGCGAGCUGGAGCGAUUUAAGCGCCUGUUUGUGCCCGGCAACACAGAGACGCUGACUGUCGUGCCGGGAAACCACGACAUCGGCUACGGAGACGGGGUCAAGCUGCCGGCGCUGCAGAGGUUUGAGGCGUUCUUCGGCAAGCCGAAUCAGCGGCUCGCCCGCAAAGGUCACGAGCUUAUCUUUCUGGACACCAUCUCGCUGUCGAACACGCAGGACGAGGCGAUUUAUAGCGAGGCGCGCUGGCUGCUGGAGGAAAUAGGCCGCGAGCCAAAAAUGCAACCCCGGAUUCUUUUCCACCACGUGCCGUUGUACAGAGACCCUAGCGAGCAGCCGUGCGGGAAAAAUAGAGAGAGCAGGAAAUUCCCCGUCGCCAAGGGCCACCAGUACCAGACGGUGAUCGACCCGUCGUUGUCGCUGGAGAUCUUGGAAAAGAUCCGGCCAGACUACGUUUUCAGCGGAGACGACCACGACUACUGCGAGGUGGUGCACAAGUACACGACCGGCGAGGCCGUGGAGGUGACGGUGAAGUCGUUUUCGCUCGCCAUGGGCAUCAAAUACCCUGCCGUGGAGCUGCUCAGCAUCGGCGAGGCCGGAGGAGACGCCGCAGUGACGUACUCGCUGUGCUAUCUGGGACGGCCGUUCCGCGACAUUGUCGCGUACGUGUUCGCGGCCGUUGCUAACGGGCUGUGGUUGCUGUGGAGCUUCACGGACGCACGCGGCGGCGCGAAGGUGGAUUUUUUGCAGCUGCUGCGCUACACCGCAAUCGAACUUGCUGCAGUGACGGUCAUGUACUGGAUAAUUAAAUAA